AUGACGUUUGUCGGCAAUCAGAGACCAAGCAAAGGCCCGGUAACGAUUCUGGGACUUCAUCGGGUCAAGACUAUGUCACGACCUGAACCGUCUGGGCUGCGUAACAGCCACGGGAUGUUUAAUAUGUCGAAUCUUUCGCUCGACAACCUCAAUCAGGAUGGGUCACGAGCAGUUGAGGGAAGCGCCAAUGAUGAUUCUUGCAAUCUACUCUCACCGCUGGUCCCAAUUGGGCUUAUUCCGUUUUCAAGCCGCCCCAAGGAGAACAACUCAAAUUCAUUUGGCCAGGCGCUCAAUCGAUGCCUCGGUUUCAUGAGUGCUUCACAGGGAAUGCCGCACAAACCAACAGGAAGACCUUGCUUCCAAGGCUCUGCGGGAUGGCAACGAGGCGCGAGUUGGGCAGCUGUUCUAAUAUCCGUGAUUCUACUUGGCAACAUCAUACUCACGGUAGUUUGCAAGUCCAAUUUUCAUCCUACAGGAGCUUACACGAAUAUCGUUACCAUCCGUGCAGGAGACUGCAAGGAGAUGAAGAAUCUGGGUGUGAUCAUCCACCUUGUGAUAAACAUUAUCAGUACUCUUCUUGUCGGGGCAAGCAACUACUGCAUGCAAACAGUUAGUGCUCCAACCCGUGAGGAUAUUGAUAAAGUCCAUGCACGAGGCUCUUGGCUCGAUAUCGGAAUACCGAGUGUCCGCAAUAUGUGGUUUAUUCGCAAAAGAAGACUUGUAGUCUGGUUGGUCCUUGGAAUAACGUCGAUUCCACUACAUCUUGUAUAUAAUUCUAUCUUCUUCGUUUCUACCAACACUUACUUGUAUGACGUCUGGUUUGCGGAGGAAUCAUUCUUACAUGGCGCGGCAUUCGGCGACAUAUACUUCCCAGGAAGAAGGACCCCUAUGAACAAAACAGCCAUCGAGGGCUUACAGGAUCGGGUCAUGAACGGCGAUCGAUACGAAAGGCUAAGCAACAACGAUUGCAUAAAAGAAUAUGCAAAGGAUACUGUUGAAUCCAGAGGCGAUGUGAUACUCGUUGUUGAUCCUCCGGAGAAUUGCCUUACCCUCCAGUAUAAUGACGCGAUAUCAGACGCCGCGUCUGUGCACUACUACAACCCAGAGUGUGGAAACAUAACAAGCACCUCCUUAUACGCUAUAGAGACUUCUACGCAAAAUUUUCAAUCCUCGGCUGGAGAUUACCGAACCAAUCGGCACUACUGGAUAUGCUCACAGUAUGCAUACUAUCCAAUGAAUGACACCGACAUAUUAUCCGAGUUAUGUAGCCAUGGGGCCUGGAAGAAACAAUUGGAUGCAGAUCCUUGGAUGGUCAAAGGUGCAAAGGUCAACUAUUGCCUCAGCGAUAAAUUACCGGACAAAUGCCGCUUCAAGGUAGCCAUCAAUCUUCUUUACGUUGUUAUUGCGUUCAACGUCGCGAAAAUAGCCAUUGUUGACAUUUUGAUUGCGACCAAAUUGAUCAAUGACGAUCCCAUUGUUACAAUCGGAGAUGCCGUUGCAUCUUUCAUCGAGUCCCCAGAUCCGUCGACCACCGGAAUGUGCCUAUGGCCAGCAAAGAAUAUAAAAUUUCACAAAAGCAGCGGAGAGUUGCCGGCGAUCAUUCACCAAUCGACCAGCAAUAGAUGGUUCCAUGCUGUCAGCGUACGUCGAUGGGUCAUAUCAUCUCUCAUUGUGUUUAUCACUAUGGCAGCACUCUUUGGACUAUUUGGGUGGUCGGUCGCUAAUCUCAAGAAACUAUAUUUCAUGGGAGAACUUUCGUAUCUAUGGUCCAUUGGAGUAGGCAAAAUAACCCCCUACAACUUCAUUACUGGCUGGCGCAUUCCUAAAGAAGGAGACUCCGCCAUCGCCGCUGUCGUCUUAAUCUCCAACCUUCCACAAGUCCUGUUUUCUUUCAUCUACGUCGUUCUAAAUGGACUUAUAACAUCCAUGACGGCGGCUGCUGAGUGGUCGAGCUAUGCUGUGAACACCCACCGACCUCUCCGAGUCUCCUUUCCCAAGGCCAGCCAGCGAACCACGUUUUUCCUCCAGAUGCCUUACAGAUACAGCAUUCCGAUUAUCAUUCUCUCGAUUCUUAUGCACUGGCUUAUCUCUCAAAGUUUCUUCAUGGUUCAAAUCGCUGAGAUUAGUACAACUUACGAGGAAGUGGAGCCUCUAAAUUUUGACAAAAUCGACGCGGGGACAGCUAUCUACGGAAACCUCAUAACGACUGUUGCUUUCUCGCCGAUGGGCAUCCUCUUCACAGCAUUGUUACUUGCAGUAGUAUUUCUGGGAGCCUUGGGUUUGGGAAUGAUCCGAUUGAAGGGUGAGAUCCCGGUGGCUGGGAGCUGUAGCCUAGCGAUUGCCGCUGCAUGCCACGCACCGGAGGGCACAUCGAGUUUAAAACCUCUGAAAUGGGGCGAGGUCCUUUCUACUGAGGCUGGAGACGAUGGCGUGGGCCAUUGUGCAUUUUCCAAUGAUUUCACGCAGAUACCCGAGCUCGGAAAUCGGUAUGCUUGA